AUGGAUCCCCUCGGCGGUUCGGGCUAAGUUUGAAUGAGGACAACUCGUCCUACUACAUGUCGUCCAACUACAAGCUAAACCUGACAUCCCCAUCGCUACUGACACCGCCACGUCCAGGCUUCCCGCAGCGUGUAAUACCACAGCCAGCGAAUACGAGUAAUACGAGUGCUGCCACGACUCCUACCCCGACCAGCAAUAGCAAUAGUCACUAUCCGUACCACCCGACGCGGUCUCCCACGUUACUGGAGCAGGUCAGUUCGGGGCUGAACAGUUCGGUCACGUUCGAUGCCAAUGCUUUGCUGAGCGAAUUUGAUGCCAAACGGGCUGCCGUCAAUGCCAGUACGAUCAGCAUCAACAGCACACCGGUGGCGAUGGAAUCGGCAUCGGAGACGAACAAGCUCAACGUGAUACGGUUGGACAGUGACUACCGCAGCGAGGACCCGGGGCAUCAGGAGGAGAUCCCCACGAAACGGUCCACGCCGGACAUUAAACCAUCGCUGGGACUGACUUCGACUACGGCCGACGAUAAUCCUACGUUCGGUGCGGGCUCUUUCACGACGCCCAUCACUGCCUCGUCGACGUUCGACUAUCUGUACGAGUUUUCCGAAACGCGAAAGGUGCUGGAGGAGUUCUUCAAGUGUCCUACCACCGAGGAUGUGGAGAAGGCGUUCGAGAAGUUUAGCGACUAUAACGAAAGCGGGGAUGACGUCGAGAGUUUGGACAUCCAUUAUGAGUAUCCGGUUGAGCUGGAUGGAAAAGCACUGGAGACGACCUACAUCGGUGCAGCUACCGUCACGGAGCAGCAGAAACCAAUGACGACACUGACCGGUACCGGCGGCAGUAUCAGACAGCAGCAGGACAUCUGUGCGGCAAUUGCAUCUCGCAAAUCACCAACCAAUAACAAUAAUAGCGACGCCGAUGGGGAUGGCGAUGAUGACGAUGUUUGUGAGGAAUUGGAAGAAGGUGAAGAAGAAGGUGAGGAGGAUGACGAAGACGACGACGACGAUGACGCCGAUGGUGGCAUUGGUAGUAAUCUGAAGUACAUGAUCAACGUCAAGAGCAAACCAAGAAUCAAAAACGGUUACACCAGCUUCCGGAAGAAGAAACAGGAAAAGAAACUCGCGGGCGUUGGUUCGAACGUUUUAGCCGGAAUAGUUACCGUUAGUGGCGAAAAUGAUGACGAUAACGAUGGAGAGGAUGAAGAAGAAAUAGAUAUUUAUAGUGCGAAUCAUCAUCAUCAUAGUUUCCUCCACCACCAACAGCAGCAACAACGACUACAGCAACAAUCUCAGGAACAGCAGCAGCAGCAGCAGCAACAACAUCUGAGCAAUGUGCGGCAGCACGUGAUGCUACAGCAUCAACAGCAACCGCAGCAGUAUCAGGAACACGAAAGACAUUUUAGCCUGUACUUGGAUCCCGGAAGCCGUGCCAGCAGUUGUGAUGUGAUUAAUGAAAGUAAUCUCGACUCGACGCAGUUCAUUGCGAACGGAAACGGGAUGAAAAUGAAGAGCAACGGCGGCGGUGGUGGGGGUUCUGGAAACGGCAAAAAGCCGUUGACUCGUCGUCAUAGUAAAAACUUCAACUAUUCCCCGGAUACUACCGAUUACGAGAGCAACUGCGGCGAUUACGAUAGCGAGAUCUCUCUCAAGUACGGCAGCGAGUAUGGUAUGAUGGCUAACGGUGGUAGUGAUAUGAUGUGCGACGAUCUGAAUAAUGGUGUCAUAAGUGCAUCCACUGGGAUCAACUCUUCCACGAUGAUUGAUAAUGGAGUGAAUACGGCAGCGGUUGGCAACGCCAGUAACUAUGCACGCUAUUACACUAGCAUGCCGGUUCUCGAGGAUGGGCUUUCGAGUGGCCACGUUUCUGAUACGGAAAAUAAUAAUCCCGGCAUUUUACCAACACCGGAUUUGAUCAACAGCAGCCAUAAACUGCAACAGGCCACCAAUUCGUACAACUUGCUAACGUCUCCUACGAGUCACUCGUUGAAACCGAUGAGCUCGUCGCCUGUGAUAGGAAAUCAUAAUAAUAAUCUGGAUGGGCUGUACGGUAGCAACGGGUUCCGCAUGAACGGUACUCCCGGAGGGCUUAAUUCGAGCACCUUGCAGAACAAUAAGAUCUUCAAAAAUCGUGAUCCGGAACUGGAGUCUUUGUAUACUAUCAACACCAUCCAAUCUACUCCCCCGCCGCCAGCACCGGCUCCCCAUAGGAAAUCCUCCAUCGAUUGUGACGCGCAGACAACACUGCAGCAGUUGCACAAUCAACAACAGGCUACUUCCGAUGUCCAGGCGGCUCUCAAAGAUAUACGAACCUGCCUGCAACGCAACAAAACGCUUGCAUCAUCUCCCACACAACCCCAACCGGGAUGCCUGUCAUCUCAACAACAACAACCUCAUCAGCAGAAAAACUACGACAAACAUUCGAUGUUACCAUCGGACAAGCUGGACUCUCCAGUUCCGUCCAUAUCUCCGGUGUGGAUACCACGCUCGAGGGAUAGCAAGCUGGUAGCCAUAUCACCCACUACGGUGAUCAAUUCUUCACCCGGACUGUUGCUACCGACGACACCGACUACGGGUGGACCAACUGAACGGUCGACCAACUUGUCCACUGAGAAGGACUCGCUACUGCAUGGAAACAGUGCAAAGAAUUUAAGUGCUCUUGACGAUGACGAAGAUCCGGAUACGGACUUGGAGACUGAUCGAUUGCUAGGUCAUCAGAGGUUGGAUGACCAGGGCUUCUACGACGACAACAGCAAGAGUUGGACUGACCGAAAGACUCGCUCUUUAUUGCACAAAUUAUCUCCUAAGCAGCAGAUAGGUUCCGUAGGAGCCAAUGGUGGAACUUCCCUAUACGGAAGCAAACCCAACAACCAGGGAUCUUUGCUACGGCAAGGUCUCUCGACGUUACUGUCACCGGCCAGUGUGGUAACGGUUGCUCAACCAGCCAGCUCACUACCGGAAAUUGUCACAUCCAGUAAGGCCUCCCCAGGACUAUUGGGCAGUGUACAGAAUCAGAACUGUAGUAAUAUGAAUAGUAGUGUGAAUAGUGGAAAUUUGAUCAAUCUCAAUGGUCCGAACGAGACGAGUCCGGUUUCGCCGGAUCACAGCCUUCAGACGUCACCAAUCAAAAUGGAAAACAAGACCACUGAGAGCGCGAGUCCCGGUGGAUCUAACAACUCUAAAUCCGACACGGACAAGAAGAAGAAGGGCAAGAAUAAGGAAGGUGAGUUCCUUAUCGAGGGAGUUCUCUUCCGAGCCAGAUACCUGGGGUCUACCCAAUUGGUGUGCGAAGGUCAGCCGACCAAAUCUACACGAAUGAUGCAAGCCGAAGAAGCAGUAUCUAGAAUCAAGUCUCCCGAUGGCGAACCACAGCCCAGUACCGAGGUGGAUCUUUUCAUAUCAACGGAAAAAAUCAUGGUGCUGAACACGGAUUUGAAGGAGAUUAUGAUGGAUCAUGCCCUGCGAACGAUCUCGUACAUAGCGGAUAUCGGCGAUCUGGUGGUGCUGAUGGCUCGAAGACGAUUUGUGCCUCAGGAUGUUGAUUCCGGGGAUUCUGGAGGGGGUGGUAAUGCAAAUGGAACGAACCAGUCCGGUACAAACCAGACCGGCUCGACUCCAACGCAGAAGACUGCCGGUGGACCGAAGGGUAACCGGACACCGAAGAUGAUUUGCCAUGUAUUCGAAAGCGAAGAAGCGCAGUUCAUAGCUCAAUCGAUUGGACAAGCAUUCCAGGUGGCCUAUAUGGAGUUCUUGAAGGCAAACGGAAUUGAAGAUCACAGCUUUAUGAAGGAGAUGGAUUAUCAGGAAGUGCUCAACAGUCAGGAAAUAUUCGGCGACGAGUUGGAGAUCUUUGCCAAGAAAGAACUGCAGAAGGAAGUGGUUGUUCCGAAGGCAAAGGGUGAGAUAUUGGGAGUGGUGAUUGUUGAAUCCGGCUGGGGUUCUAUGCUACCGACGGUAGUGAUUGCCAAUUUGGCAUCGUCCGGCGCCGCUGCCCGGUGCGGUCAGUUGAACAUUGGCGAUCAGAUCAUUGCCAUCAAUGGGCUGAGUUUGGUUGGGUUGCCACUGUCCACUUGUCAGAGUUACAUUAAAAAUACGAAAAAUCAGACUGUGGUCAAAUUUACCGUAGUUCCUUGUGCCCCGGUCGUGGAGGUGAAGAUCAAACGACCCAACACCAAGUAUCAGCUGGGAUUUAGCGUGCAAAAUGGAGUGAUUUGCAGUUUACUGCGCGGUGGAAUUGCCGAACGAGGAGGAGUUCGUGUUGGGCAUAGGAUCAUCGAGAUCAACAACCAAAGCGUGGUAGCUGUUCCACAUGAAAAAAUUGUGAACCUUUUGGCUACUUCCGUUGGAGAGAUCCUGAUGAAAACCAUGCCAACGUCCAUGUUCCGUCUGCUUACCGGCCAGGAGAAUCCGGUCUAUAUUUAAAAAUGCCCGAAAAAGGUCAUCGCACUUGGUUCCAGCUUGUGUUUUCUUUUGUGCAACUUAACGUAAACCCGUUCGCUGACUGUAGCUCUCAUAAUACACAUAAGCAAGCACAACAGGAAAAAAAUAAUAAGAGUUAUGAAACAAAACACUAUCACUAUUUAAUCUAAUGCAAACACAUCUCAUCAGAAUCACCUUACCAAAACUCUGCUGUGAGAAUCUAGAUAAACAAGAAAUGGAAGUUCUCUGCUAAAUAAAAAAAAAUGAAAUAAUUAAGCAAGAGGAUAAUUGUAUCGGAAUUUAUUCACGCCUUGGCCUUGCAGUUAUAAUUGAAUAAUAGAGAAGAAUUACUUGACAGUCGAACCAUACAAGGAAGAAUCGCAUUUACUAAUUAUCAUAUUGCCGCUGGACAGCAAGCCACCUCAGCUACACUGCAAUAGAGGUAUUCAGAAUAAGAAAAAGGGAACGUCACAGCUUUUUGUAUUGAUAUCACACACAAAAUACACACUCGUAUGUGGAAUAAGCGAUAAGAUAGCUUAACAAACAGUAACGCGAUGUAACGCUAACCAAAGAGGAUGAUAAAGACGAAGCAGACAGGACAAAUUGAAAACAUGAAGAAAGCAAAUGUUGAAAAUGAAAUAUAUUUUUUGAAAUUGUUUAACAAUAAGCUUAACUUAGCUAAACACGAGAGGAUGCGGUGAGUCUUGAUUAUGGUAUAAAAUGAAGCAUUUGGAGAAAAUUUGGAAACACUGAAAUCUCAAACACCUGAACGAAUUGUCCAUCAUUUAUUGACUUACUAAUAUUCUUACAAAAGAAAGUAUAAGGUGUGCCGGCUCAUUGGCAUUGGUUUGGAAAGUGUACGUAUCAUUGCCGUAUGGAGAGGAUAAUUGACAACAGAGGUUCUAAUCUAGAAAGCAGCUGCUUAGUGGCACCAGUGUUAACCAGUUCUGAUCUUUAAGUAUUAAACAGACUCAUUCGCUGUACUCGGUAUUCUCUAUCCAGAGGUCACAGAGACUUCAUUAUAUUUGUACCGGUUCCUUAUUUUCCUACUAGCGUGGACGAACAAAAAUAAAUAGCUGAGAUGUAGACUUGCAAAGAGCUAACAGUGCAAGUAGAAUCCGUGUGAAUAUUGUCUUUAUGCCGUUACAAGAUGAACAGCUUUUUUAUAUAUAGUUUAUACAUAUAUGUACAUGUAGAUAGGUUUUGCUGAAUCCGGAUAGUAGACACAAAUGAGAUUGGGCCGUCCCUUGACAAAAAAUAGAGCAACAAAAAUAUAAGAGCCAUCUUUUUCUUAUUGUAGGAAUCGAGCUAGAAUCAAAAGAAGAGGUAUUAUUUCCACCCAAACACUGCUGAAUUUCCGUAUAGUAUACAAUUCUUGCUUCGACGUAAACAUAUCACCAUGUUCCGUUCCGAGUCUGAUUUGUUCUUCGAAGCUGAUUUAACCUACUGAUAAUUUGAGCACAUCAGUUUGCCAACAGGAUAAAGCGUAAUACCGUGAAUUGAGAAAAAAGCUGUCUAGAAGCGAAACAAUAAAUCCCACUAGCUUUGCCUAACCAUAAACCAAAUAUACAUGACUGUUGUUCGUGCUUACAUAUAUCGCUGACAAAUUGACGCUUGACUUUCAUUUCCACGCAUACAUGUGAUCGUAAAAGUGUACCUUUUUUCGGUCAUCCAUUUACCGUCUAAAUGUCCUACCCUUAAGUGUUUUGAUUUAUUCUGGAAUAAGAUAAGGAAGCUAAUAAAACAAAAUUGAACAAGGCAGUGAAAAGCUAAAACAAUCGGAACAAAAAGUUUACGCAAGCUUAAGACGAAAGAAAUGAUACUUUUGUAAUUGAAAUUAUUAAUAACAAAAAAAAAAUGUCAUAAGUAAUUAUUAACAAACAUGCAAAAGUCGUCCCUCACUUAGGAGAAAAAGAAAAUCAAUACAAAAAUCCCUAACAAAAAAUGCACUUUUUAUGCGCCACUCACCCGCCCGCCAUAGGAUCAAUGAAAAAACAAAAAUAAUACUCUAAAAAUAGUCUAUGAAAGUCAUAGUUUAUCAAUUAUUUAACCGGUAACGAAAAAAGGAAAAACAGAAACAAAAUAAACGUAAACAAAUAAACCUAGUCUGCUAAAUUAAAACAAACAAAAUAUUUACAAGUACCCUUGAGAUUCGUUAGGAAGAAGAUGAUUGGAAGAGACAAAAAAAAUACAUGGUUAAACUGCAGCAAAACAUCUAUAACUGUGUCUGAAUUUAGGAUCGACAACAUAAAACCAAAACAAGGGUCGAGAAACGACAACAACAACAACAACAACCGCUAAAUAUAUUGCAGUUGGUGGUGGUACCGUAAGCUAUGUGUAGACAAGGUAUAAUGGAAAUGGAUCACGCAAACUAGUUGCAAGCGAAGGUCACAUACAUGAUUGUGAACACGGAAGGACGUAGGAAACAAACUUGCUGGCAUGGAAAAGAAAGAAACAAUGAAAAACAAGAACAACUCUAAUGUAAUUAUGGCUAAACAAACUAAACAACACCUAUAAUGGGAAAUGUAUAUUUAUUCUAACAAAGAA